AUGCAUGCUGUUCCAAGUUUGGUCAUUGCGGACUUGGACCGGACUGACUGUGUUGCUGGCUGUGAUGCCAAAGGCGAGUGUGAUCCCGGUGGCUUUGGCUCCAAGUUUUCAAACCAUACAAAGUGCCCACUCAACGUCUGUUGUUCUAAGCAUGGCUAUUGUGGCACUACCAAGGACUUUUGCGGGAAGAAGACAGUCAAUCGACCAUCUUGCUCUUCUAAGAGUGGCCCUAUGAGAAGAGUCGUUGGAUAUAUCGAAGGAUGGGCUUCUACCAGAUCCUGCGAUAAGUUUACGCCCUCUGAUAUUCCAGACGGCGUGUACACACAUAUCAACUUCGCUUUUGCCAGUAUCGACCCGAAGACCUUCGAGAUCGUCCCUGCAUCCAGCAAAGACCCAGCCUUGUACCGCGAAUUGACAAACAAGAAAAAGACUGACCCCAAGUUGAAAGUCUUCAUUGCUAUUGGUGGAUGGGCCUUUAAUGACCCAGGCCCAACUGUUACGACUUUCUCCGACAUUGCUCGCUCCGAUACCAAUCAGAGGGCAUUCAUCAAGUCGCUCAUAUCAUUCAUGGCUACUUAUGGAUUCGAUGGUGUCGACAUUGACUGGGAAUAUCCCGCUGCUGAUGAUCGCGAAGGACGAGUUGAAGACUUUGACAAUCUCCCCAAGUUCCUAAGCAAUCUCAAGAGGGCGUUGAAGCAAAGCGGCGAGCGGAAUGGUCUCAGCAUUGCUAUUCCUGCGUCGUACUGGUAUCUCCAACACUUUGAUCUCGAAAAGAUCUCCAAGCAUGUCGAUUACUUCAAUGUCAUGACCUAUGACUUUCAUGGUGCUUGGGAUACUCCUAAAUCCUGGCUCGGCAAUCAUCUCAACUCUCAUACCAACCUGACCGAGAUCAAGGAUGCUUUUGAUCUGCUGUGGCGCAAUAAUGUUGACCCCGAUCAAGUCAAUAUGGGUCUUGCAUUAUAUGCCCGAACAUUCUCAGCCUCUAGCAGCAGUUGUAUGUCUCCCGGUUGUCUCUUUGAUGCUGGUGGACCUUCGGAGCCGUGUACCAACGCCGUUGGUGUCAUGUCCAACCCUGAGAUCAUGCGAAAGCUUGCUGGUAAGGCCAGUUCAGGCGUGUUGGACAAAACCGCGGCUAUCAAGACUCUUAAGUUUGGCAGUACGUGGUUGACCUACGAUGAUGUCGAUACCUGGAAGCUCAAGCUUGAAUUUGCUCGCAGCCAGUGUCUUGGGGGUGCCAUGGUCUGGGCGAUCAGCCAAGACACUUCUGAUGGUAAAUUUUCCAUGCAACUGCAACAGGCUACAGGCUACAAAUCAAAGGGCGUGAGCUUUUUGAACAGUACCACAUUUUUGGGGAGUGGUGUUUUCAUCGAAACAGACCAAAAUGAGCCUAAUGGUGAUGCUAGCGACAACCAGUGUCACUGGACCAAUUGUGGACAAAAAUGUCCCGAUGGCUGGGCCGGGGUUAGACGCCGGGACUCGGACAAGAAGACUGCUAUCAUGACGGAUGACACCGGGUGUGAUGACAAUCGCGAGCGAACAUUCUGCUGCCCACCGGGUGACCAGCCCUAUUGCCAGUGGCAAUUCUUCAACAAUGGAUACUGUAUCCCGGGAUGCGGCCCAUCAGCAGGGAUGGAAGUAGGGUCAUCGGGAGCAAAGUGUGGGAGCAGCGAGUUUGCUCAAACAGCGUGUUGCAAGGGGGAUACAUCAGGCCUGGAUGUCUAUCGCCAGUACGAGUGGUACGGCCUAGAGAAGGAGUGCGCCAGAGACGAGGACGAUUCGCCAUGUGGAUGGGACGCUACCUACGAUCAACUACUCACCGAGAGCUGGGAUGGCAGUGGCGACCAAAACUGCUAUGAUAGCAAGGGGAACAGAGGACCCAGACCUCUCUGCGAAAACACCAGAGACACCAGCAAGCCGCACUUCUCCAACUGCAUAUGGUCGGACGAUUACUACUUGGGUCGUACCGAUACCGUUUCAACAGGGACAUGCAACAGCAACUGUCCUAAAGGAAAGAUCAAGGUAGCCUUGCAGUCGAAGAACAACAAGUGCGGCAAGGGCACUUCCGCCUACUGCUGCGACGUCACAAUCUCUGAACCUAUACAUCGGCUCGGCGAUGAUGAAAUGGAAGAUGCGAUCAAGGAAUGGGUCAAGAACCCCACCUGUCCUGACAUCACCAAUUUUGAUGAAGACAAGCUAUCAUCACGCUCUCUCGAGAAUUCGGAUUACGAUACAGAUGAGAGUGCGUCUGACUUGGUCAAGCGUGCCGGUCUCGAUAGACUGGCUGCAUCAUUGACGGUUGUGCAAGUGAUCGAGAAGCUCAUGACAUUUCCAAAAACCUCCCGGGCGACCAGGGAUAUAAAUGCCAUGGUGACCAAGUACUUCAAACCUAUAUGGCCACAUAUCACUGGCGCCUACGUCGCGGGAAGGCUAUGGGAACUGCGAGACAGUGGCAAGACGACCUUGAUAGCAGCUUGGGACUUUGUUUGCAAUAUUGAUGCAGAAGAGAAAAAGGCAGAGAAGGAUGGAAAAGCACCAAAGGGUACUUCAUUCUGCCACAUCCCCAUGUUGGACACUUAUGACCCUGGGUCGCUGCAAGAUCCCCGGGGCGGGCGAAGUGAUGCUGAUAUCUCAGAUAUCUUUGGCCCCAUUGGCACCAUCAACGACAGUGGCGACUUGAAGUUUCCAUUCGACGAAAUGCUGUGGUCGUCUGACUGGGUAGCCGACGAUGCUCUUGAGAAACGAGGGAAAACAUAUGGCAAACGGCGUGAAUUUGAAGCGACAUGUCCUGAUGGGAUAACCAAAGUGGCAAUGAAGUCAUUUACCUACCCGAGUGGCGAUAAUGGAGAUCACUUGGCCGAUAAAAAUGGCGACGACAACAAGUAUUGGGUUGAUAACCUCGGCGAUUGCUUUUCUGCAAUUGUGAUGGAUAAUGGCUAUACGGGUGACGGUAACCAAUAUAUUUCUGAACACAUUUUGGAGCUACAGUCGGUCCCCAUGUUUAUGGAGUACACAAUGGGCGUCCAAAAGAGACUGCGAAACACAUUUAGCCCCUCCGGACUGCCAUUGAAAGCUCCGUUCAACCCAGAAGCUCACUCGCUGUUGACAUGCGGCUUCUGGGCCAAUGACUUCACCUACGGUUUCUACGAGUGGCAGAACAAAUACGGGAACGCGAAGCCAGUCGAAGUCUUGUUCGAACUGCUUGGCUCAACUGCCAAUAGCAUUCACAUGGUUAAUACUGAAGCAAAGUUCAACGGAAAGAAGGGUUUGAUUUGGGCUUUUAACGAACCAGUCGCUGAUAGUACCUGGACGUCGCUGUAUGCCCGCACGGACGACGCAACUGCUUUACGCGCGUUUGAACAGUUGAUGCUGGUUGAACAAGUCUUUCCCUAUCUCACAAAUCCAAGCAUCAAGACCAAACUUCUCAGUGCGCACCACGAUGUGAUAGAAUUCUUGGAUGAGUACGAGUCACUUUACAGAACGCAGUAUCCCAACAAUGGCCCCAUUGGUCUUUCCGACAUGUGGCGUAAUUUCAUGACCGAACUGCUGUCAAAGAUGCAGCAAUGGACCAACAACUGGCUUGAACGUCGUACUGGGAAAAUGUUGGAUAACUGGCAUGCUGAGUAUCUGCGUAGGCAGGCCGCAACCCGCGCACUGACAGCGGCUGGCAGUCCGGCAGCCGCGGCAGCCGCAGCAGCCGAAUUUGAAGCGCUCAAACAUUUGAACGAUGCCUACAAGCACAAUCGCCAAUAUAGUGCCUAUGUCAAUGCCUUCAACCCGGAAUCAUUUCUGACUGGAGCUUUGGGUUAG